AUGUACUCUUCUUUGCUGGUCAUCUUCCUAUAUCAGGCAUUGCCUGUCUUGUCUUUUCCCACAGCGCUGACGCAUCACGAUGCUGUCCAUCGCGAUCUGGCGAUUCCAAUUCUUGACCUGAGUGUAAUAAAGAGAAGCGAAGCAGCCACAGCCUCCGAGGCAAAAGCAGGAGAAGCCACUACUACAAACCGGACGGCUGCUCAAGUCUUGGCAGUCGGAGAGGAGUUCAAGGAAGGGGUGGUCAGGACUGUUGGUGUCUUUGGUUCUGCAAAUCCCGUCCAAGGUGGCAAUCUCUUUACCAAGAUGAAAUUACCUGCUAAUGCUGCCGGCGCAAUCGAAGCCGAGUAUAAUGGCACUGCAGCCAACACCAUCACGGUGGCGCCCAAAAUGGCAUCGAUCGCUCCCCCGGCUGGUCUCAUGUAUGUCGACCCUCUGACUUUUACCAUUGCCACCGCGACGCCGCCCGCGGCAGGAGACAUUCAUCAAGUCGACUACAUUUUUGGCGAGGCAUCUUCCAAUGCAGUUGAUGUCUCCCAAGCAACAGUGGGAAAGUUUGAUGCCGCCACCGGCCAGUUUGUCACUGAAGGCCUCGGCGAGCUGGAAUUUGAGGCUGAAGAGAAUGAGGUCGCCCUCAAAGUUGCCGACAUGAAUGGUGAAUGGGCAAUUUUUGUGCCUACGAGCGCUGUCAAGGCACCAGAAGGGGAGGAGGGGGCUGUGACUGAUGCAGAGGACGCAAGCAAAACAGAGUCGGACGCACUCGAUGAUGCGAGUGACGAUGAAGAUUCUGACGAUGAGGAUUAG